AGGCUGAGUGGGAUGAAGCCAAUGAGAAGCCCCUCAGCCUCCCCAUUGACCCACCCCCACCACCUCACCCCUUAUUAACCCAUCUCCCUUUAACCUCCCCUCUUCACUUUCCAACCUAAUCUACCCUCUUAGGGGCACCACCUCUGUCUAUGUCCCCACCACAACCACCGCCAUCGGCACCGUCGUUGCCACAACUGGAACCAUCAGAUCAUUCACCACAACUUCCGGCGUCGACGGGGCUGAUGCUGGUGCCGCCUCCGGUUCCGCUUUUCAAACAUCCAUCAUGGUCGCCAGACAUUUUCCGGGACGAAGCAUGGCUUAGAAGGAAAGGAAACAACAAGAAAAGGAGAAGCAAGAGCGUAACAGAUGAAGACCUUGAUGAACUCAAGGCUUGUAUUGAGUUGGGAUUCGGGUUUGAUUCCCCUGAGGUGGAUCCACGUUUGUCCGAUACUUUUCCUGCUUUGGGUCUUUAUUAUGCUGUUAAUAAGAGCUACAACGACGCCAUCUCCAAGCCUUCCACCUCCCCUCCUUCAGUUGUAUCGGAUUGUGAUAGUAUUCCUUCCCCUAUUGGCAGCCCCCACGCCAUUGUUGGCCCUGGUGAUAAUCCGCGAACGGUGAAGACAAGGUUGAGGCAAUGGGCACAGGUGGUUGCUUGUUCGGUGAGGCAAAACUCAUGAUGAUGGAUGUGUCCCAUAACUUGAUAAAGUACAAGGGUUUCAAGAUGAAAUGAUAAGAAAUCAAAACCAAUGAAACCAGAGUCGUUAAGGAUGUAAAUCAAACACCAAACAUCUUUUUGUUUGGUAACUUGGGUCAGAAAAAAUUAAAGAAAAGAAAUCAGAAAAAUCCACAAAUUAUUGAAAAAAGAAGAAAAAAAACAUAACCCUGCUAGAUUGACUUUUCUUACCUUUAAUCACAGAAUUCUGCAAUGCUAUCCUAGUUUGAUUUAUGUUUUUUUCUCUUUUACUUUUCCUUAGUUUUACCUAAUUUUACAAUAGUUUAAGGUUACGAAGUUUCAGUCUGAACAUGAUCUGCACAACAAGAAGGUGAAAACAUGUUUGCAGCUUGAUUUUUGUACAUAUUCCUUCUGCAUCAAGAUAUUGUUCGCCCUCACUCUUUCAUUUUUCUUCCACAUAUAUGCUUUCAGAUUGAUUUGAUUUUUCUUGUUUUGUAGAUUCUUUAAUUUUUAGUCUCUCUUAUAAAAUUUACAACAAUGUAAUUCUUAUCAAUUUUGAAAGCUGAGGAAUUAAAUGCAAUUAAUCAUUGUCAAUUGUGCAUAA